GCAAGGAGCGGUCGUGUUGCUGUGGAGCCUCCUCGUUCGUCUGUCGGUGGAGUAUGAUGAACCCGAAUAUAGGCUGACUCAGCAUCUGAUGGCCGCUUACGACCCAUCUGUCAGACCGGCCGAGAAUUUUUCCGAACCUCUCAAAGUGGUCUUUGGAAUUUCUCUUCAUCAUAUUAUCGAUGUGGAUGAGAAGAACCAGAUUCUGACCACCAACUGCUGGUUGACCCAAAUCUGGACGGAUCAUCACCUCAAAUGGAACGCGUCUGACUUUGGAGGCAUCACCGUCAUCAGGGUUCCCUUCAGUCGAGUAUGGAAGCCGGACACUAUUCUCUACAACAAUGCCGACUCGCAGUACAGCAGCGCAGUGAUCAACACGAAUGUUAUCGUGUCGCAGUCGGGCGAAGUCGUAUGGCUGUCGCACGGCAUCUAUCGGUCGUCGUGCGACAUUGACGUGGAGUACUUUCCGUUCGACGUGCAGAGCUGCAACAUGAAGUGGGCUUCCUGGACCUACGACGGGUAUCAGUUGGACCUGGUGAAACAGACGGAGCACGGUGAUGUGAGCAAUUACCAGGCAAACGGCGAAUUCGAUCUGGUGAGCUUUGAGCCGACAAAGCACGUCGAGUUCUACUCCUGUUGUCCGGAGCCCUACCCCGACAUCACCUACGUCAUCAAAAUCCGGAGGCGACCUAUGUUCUACGUUUUCAACCUCAUACUUCCAUGUAUACUCAUCAAUUGCAUAGCGUUGCUGGUGUUUUAUGUGCCUUCCGAAUCCGGUGAAAAGGUGACCCUAGGUAUAAGCGCUCUCCUCUCAAUGACUGUCUUCCUUAUGACCAUAAGAGAAACACUGCCUCCCACUGAGAAAACACCACUCAUAAGUAUGUAUUACGGAGUGAGUAUCUGCCUUGUGUCGUUUGCAUCGGGACUGUCUGUGGUGACCUUGAACGUUUAUCACCGCGGAGUGAGAGGUACAAAGGUGCCAUCUCUCGUUAAAACACUAAUCCUCGACCAGCUAGCCAGACUCGUCUUCCUACAGUUCGAGCCUCGUGAGAAGCAAAAUGUGGAUAUAAAUCCAAAGACGGGCACCAGGUUGGACUGUCCGCGGCCUAACAAAUGGAAGGUAGAGGAGGGUGAUUACCACUGCGCAGGCGCACUCGAUCCCAAUCAGAUGUCACCCCGGUUCAUGGCAAGGCAGAAGAAUAACAGGGUCGACACUAGCCCAGACAGUUUCGAAGCACAGUUCCUGCGCGUGUUGUACAGAGUGAACAGCACCAUAGAGCGUAACGAGCUACGAUUGGCCGAGCAGGAGCGACGCGAUCUGGCGGAGUUGGAGUGGAAACAGGUGGCUCUGGUAUGUGACAGGCUGCUGCUCUGGGUAUUCCUCAUCACAACCGCCAUCACGACCACGGUCAUCCUGUGUGGAUCGCCCUACGGCCCUUGAUCGGUGUGCUUGCCUCUCCAGUGUGCUACUGGUCGUUGCUUCCAGUCGCCUCUCUAUUGUGCUACUGGUCGAUGCAUCGAAUUGCCUCUACAGUUUGCUAGUAGUGGAUGCAGAGGGUCACCUCUCCAUUGUGCUACUGGUCGGAACAGCGAGUUGCCUCUCCAGUGUGCUACUGGUCGUUGCUUCCAGUCGCCUCUCUAUUGUGCUACUGGUCGAUGCAUCGAAUCGCCUCUACAGUCUGCUAGUAGUGGAUGCAGAGGGUCACCUCUCCAUUCUUCUACUGGUCGAAACAGCAAGUUGCCUCUCCAGUGUGCUACUCGUCGAUACAGCAAGUCGCCUCUCCAUUGUGCUACUGGUCAAUGCAGCAAGUUGCCUCUUCAGGGUGCUACUGGUCGAUGCACAGGAUCGCCUCUCCAGUGUGCUACUCGUCGAUGCAGCGGGUCACCUGCACCUCUCCAGUGUGCUAAUGGUCGUCGCUCCCGGGCACUCUACUCGGCUAGCGUCGAUGCGUGUCUCAGAACAGCUGGUGCAGGUCACAAUCAAGGCACGAAAAUGGCAUUUUAUCUCCGUCCAGGACGCAAAAUGAAGUUUUUGAGCAUGAACUAAGAUGUUUCGUAACUGAAAACUUUUUCAAUUUAUGUUUACGUUGAAGAAUGUGCAACAGGUAAUUCAAUAGGGCUCAUCGUUUUCAUGAUUUUCAAUGUUCGAGAGAAAGUUUUUAUUCAACUACAUGUGAUUUUCAAGCUGGUAUAUAAUUUCAAACUACGAAUAUGAUCCAAAAUUAUUUAAUAGUAUUACAAGAAUAUUACUAUACAGAAUCUGAGGAUGAUUUGAAUAAUUGAAGAUAUCUAAAGUUGCUGAAGACUUGACAUGAUAUUCAUAUGUGCCAAACUUCUUACAGAAUCAUGUCUAUUAUAUCCACAGUCAGAGGGAAGUAAAUUAAAAACCAAGAAUGUGAGUUAAUGCACCUAUAUUCGUUCAUAUGUCUCAUGAAAAUAUCUAUAUAGUUUUUAAUCAAUACAUAGCACAGUUUUAAAAAUUCCAUUCCUAGUUCAGAAAUAUUAAUUUUAUUAUAAUAUGUAUCAAUAGUUCCAGAUUAUUUACUCACAAAAAUCCAGUCUCUAGGACACCUAUUAGAUUUAAUUGACCAUCAAACCUGAAUUAAAAUCAUAGUUUAAUUGUUAAUUAGAUUAUUAUUUUAUAAGUUUCCUAGAAAGCUUGCCUUUGAUUAAAUCUAUAGAUCCACAUUUACUCACAAAAGUCCAGUCUCUAGGACACCUAUUAGAUCUAAUGGACCAUGAAACCUGUAUUAAAUCUAUAAUUUAAUUGUUGAUUAGAUUUUUAUUUUAUAAGUUUCAUAGAAAGCUUGGCUUUGAUUAAAUCUAUAGUUCCACAUCUACUCACGAAAGUCCAGUCUCUUGGACACCUAUUAGAUAUAAUGGACCAUCAAACCUAUAUUAAAUCUCUAGUUUAAUUGUUGAUUAGAUUAUUAUUUUAUAAGUUACCUAGAAAGCUGGCCUUUGAUUUAAUAUAAUUAUAGUUCCUCAUUUACUCACAAAAGUUCAGUCUCUAGGACACCUAUUAGAUCUAAUGGAUCAUUAAACCUAUAUUAAAUAUAUAGUUUAAUAAUUGUUAAUUAGAUUAUUAUUUUAUAACGCUGGCCUUUGAUCAAAUCCAUGGUUCCAUAUUUACUCACGAAAGUCCAGUCUCUAGGACACCUAUUAGAUCUAAUGGACCAUGAAACCUAUAUUGAAUCUAUAGUUCAAUUGUUAAUCAGAUUAUUAUUUUAUAAUUUUCCUAGAAAGCUGGCUUUUGAUUGAAUCUAUAUUUCCACAUUUACUCACAAAAGUCCAGUCUCUAGGACAACUAUUAGAUCUAAUGGACCAUCAAACCUAUAUCUAUAUUUUAAUUGUUGAUUAGAUUAUUAUUUUAUAAGUUUCCUAGAAAGCUGGCCUUAACCUAUAAAGAAAUCGAAGUAAUUAGACCACAAAUAGUGGCUAGGAGUUUUUAACGGAGUUUUAAUUCAAUAAUAGCGGAGUUAUUGAGAAUAGUGUCUCUAUUUUAGAUUAAUGAGAAGGCAGCUUCAAGACCAAAUACAGAUAGCCAGCAAUUUUAACCAUUAUUGAAUAUUUGAAGAGAUGUACACCAAGAGUUAGUUAAAAGAAUUAGACACAGUUAAAUGCUGCAUUGAUUUCUUCUAUAGAUAAUGAUUUAUGAAACGAAAUUAUUCAUGAUUCAUGAAUAAUGAAUUAUGAAAUGAUUUAUGAUAAUAAUUUAUCAAUGAAACUGUUUUAUCGUUGUUUCAAUUUUUCAAUUGAGACCGUUACUAUUAGUCUAUGAACAGACAAUACUAAGAUAUUAAGCUGGCGUGAAAUAACCCGCUCAAUACAGUAUUUAGACAAGCUCAGUUAUAAGAUGUUCUAUAUUAUGGCUGUGCAAAGGCUAAAAAUAAACUUUCUACUGGUGAUAUUUUUCAAAGUUUUUCGAUUUGUAUAUCAUAAAGCCAUCAAAAUG